AUGUCUCACACCGUUUUGCUGGUGCAGCCGACCAAGAGACCAGAAGGCAGAACGUAUGUGGACUAUGAGUCUGUGAACGAGAGCAUGGAAGGUGUUUGUAAAACGUACGAGGAACAUCUGAAAAGAAUGAAUCUCAACAGUCCAUCAAUCACGUAUGAUAUCAGUCAGUUAUUUGAUUUUAUCGACGAUCUGGCAGACCUCAGCUGCUUUGUUUACCUGACUGACACCCAGACACAUCAGCUUUAUAACAAAGACUGGAUCAAAGAGAAGCUCUCCGUGCUCCUCCGCAGGCCCAGCAGGCGGGAAAGUAAUGGAAAUGGCCACAGCAUGGGGCUGGGGGCUGGCUUGGAACACAGAUCCAACAGUUACACGAUUGAAACCAUGGCCGUGAAAGCAUCGCAUCCACUGUCAACAAGCGACAGCAGACCUCCAACUCCUCAAAGAUGUCUCUAG